CGCAACGGCGGAAACGAAGGAACGCGAAUCCUCUGCUUCACGAAGCGCGACUGCGCCAGCACCACUCCCCCUCCGUCAAAAAUCCCAAACCCUAGACGAAGCAGACCCCCCCCCCCCCCCCCUAGUGAGGCCGCGAUGAUGCAGAUGCUAGGCCUCCGCGGCUCCGCGUCCAAGGACCGUGGCCGCGGGGGCGACGCGUCCCCGUCCUCUGCUGUGGCAGGGGCCACGGGAACCCCGCGCUCGCCGUGGACUCCGGCGUCGGCAUCGUCGCCGCGCUCGCCGUUCGCGGCGGAGGCGGGCGGCGAGGGAGGGGGCGGCCGGCCGCUGCGGCUGGUAUACUGUGACGAGCGCGGUCGGUUUCGGAUGGACCCAGAGGCCGUGGCCGCGCUGCAGCUCGUCAAGGGACCUGUCGGGGUCGUCUCUGUCUGCGGCCGCGCGCGCCAGGGGAAGAGCUUCAUCCUUAACCAGCUUCUAGGUAGAAGUAGCGGGUUUCAAGUGGCAAGUACUCAUCGUCCCUGCACCAAGGGCCUUUGGAUGUGGAGUGCCCCAAUAAAGAGAACUGCCUUUGAUGGAACUGAAUAUAGUCUUUUGCUACUUGACAGCGAGGGCAUUGAUGCCUAUGAUCAGACGGGCACUUACAGCAUUCAGAUAUUCUCAUUGGCUGUCCUACUAUCGAGCAUGUUCAUAUAUAAUCAGAUGGGUGGUAUAGAUGAGGCAGCCCUUGAUCGCCUUUCACUUGUUACUGAAAUGACCAAGCAUAUCCGUGUGAGGGCAAAUGGUGGGAGGUCUACUGCAUCUGAACUUGCGCAGUUUUCACCUAUUUUCAUCUGGCUACUGAGGGAUUUCUAUCUAGAUUUAGUGGAGAAUGGUAGAAAGAUAACUCCACGAGAUUACCUGGAAAUCGCACUGAGGCCUCUUGAAGGCAGAGGAAAGGACAUAUCUUCAAAGAAUGAGAUCCGUGAGUCCAUCCGUGCCCUUUUCCCUGAUCGAGAAUGUUUCACACUGGUGCGCCCAUUGAACAAUGAAAAUGAACUUCAACGUCUUGAUCAAAUCCCUCUCGAGAAAUUGCGCCCUGAAUUUCAAGCUGGACUGGACGAAUUAACAAGGUUUAUUUUUGAGAGGACAAGGCCUAAGCAAGUUGCUGGUACAAUCAUGACAGGACCAGUACUAGCUGGUAUUACACAGUCCUUCCUGGAUGCAAUAAACAAUGGAGCUGUGCCUACCAUUUCAUCUUCUUGGCAGAGCGUAGAAGAAGCAGAAUGCCGUAGAGCAUAUGAUUCUGCUGCUGAGGUUUACAUGUCAUCUUUCAGCCACAUCAAAUUAGCUGAAGAAGAUGCUUUAAGGGAUGAAUAUGAAGCUGCUUUAAGGAAGGCACUUGAUGCAUACAAUACUACUGCUGUUGGAACUGGCACUUCACGUGCCCAUUAUGAGAAAGUUCUUAACAAUUUCUGCAGAAAGGCGUUUCAGGAUUAUAAAAAGAAUGCUUUCUUAGAGGCUGACAAGCAGUGCUCAAAUGCGAAGCACAACAUGGAGAAGAAGAUCCGAGCGGCAUGCACUGCUCCUGGUGUCAAAGUUUCUGCUGUGAUUCAGGUCCUGGAAACUGCACUUGCUGAAUAUGAAACAUCUUGUACUGGCCCAGCCAAAUGGAGAAUGCUUGCUGCCUUUUUAAGACAGUGUUUGGAAGGACCUAUAUUGGACCUCUGCUUGAAGUUAAUAAAUGAAGUGGAAUCAGAGAAGACUUCCUUCACUUUAAGAUGCCGGUCAAAUGAAGACCAACUAGAACUUCUAAAAAAGCAACUUGAGGCCAAUGAAUCACACAAGUCUGAAUAUCUAAAACGCUACAAAGCUGCUAUAAAUGAGAAACAGAAAGCCUCUGUUGAUCUUAGUAGUAAUCUUGCAAACCUGAGGACCAAGUGUAGCACAUUAGAAGAACGAUGUGUAAGCAUAUCUAAAGAACUUGAUCAUGUCCGACAUGAAUGCACUGAUUGGAGGGUGAAGUAUGAGCAAUCUGUUUCUCAGCACAAGGCUGAACAAGAUAGAUUUGUCGCUCAGUUGGCAUCUCUUGAGUCUAGGCAUAGCUCUGCAGAAGGAAAGUUGGGAGCAGCUCGGGAACAUGCAGCAUCUGCUCAAGAUGAGGCUGCAGAAUGGAAGAAGAAAUAUGAAAUGGCUGCCGUGCAGGCUAAAACUGCAUUGGAGAGACUAGCAUCAGUGCAAGAACAAAUUAACAAAAUUGCACAAGAAAGGGAAAGUUCUAUAAGGGCAGAAUUUGCCUCACAUUUGGAGGGAAAGGAAGAGGAAAUAAGGAAAUUAGUUGCUAAGAUUAGAGAAGCGGAGAGUGAAGAAAGUGUAUUGACUGAACGCUUGCUGGUAGCGAUGACUUUUCUGUUAUUUCAAUCUUCCCUUGAAUUGAUGCAUUCUGAGAUGCAAGGGUAGUUUUAUAAUGCUUGAACAUUAUUCAGGUUGUGGAAUCAAAAACACAAGGCCACAACAAGGAAACUACAGGCUUGAGGGAUGAAAUCAAAGAACUAACAAGCAAGUUAGAGUAUCUAAGAGAUAGAGCAGUAUCAUAUGAAAAGCAAGCUAGAAUGCUCGAGCAAGAAAAAAACCAUCUUCAAGAGAAGUUCUUAUCUGAAUGUAAGAAAUAUGAUGAGGCAGAACAAAGAUACAAGUCUGCAGAAAGGGAUGCGAAGAAAGCUGUUGAGUUGGCUGAUGCAGCUCGAACAGAGGCUAUUGCAUACCAGAAAGAGAAGGACAAGGCACAGCAGUUAUCUAUUGAAAAGGUAGCAGUUAUAGAGAGGGUUCAAAGACAGGUAGACAGACUAGAGCAGGAAAAGGUUAAUCUAUUGGGCGAAGUUCAGAGGAUGCAUAAUUCUGAAUCUGAUGCCUGGUCCAAGGUUACUUUGCUUGAGAGUAGGGUUGCUGAGAGGGAGAAAGAAAUGGAUGAUUUACUGAGCCGUAGCAACGAACAAAGGUCUAGCACUGUUCGUGUCCUUGAGAGUCUGUUGGCAACGGAACGUGCAGCUAGAGCUGAAGCCAAUAAGCGUGCAGAGGCCUUAUCUCUACAGCUACAAUCUGCCCAAGGUAAACUUGAUAUACUCCAUCAGGAGCUGACAUCGAUUCGCCUUGUUGAGACUGCACUUGACAGCAAGCUCAGGACCACUACCUAUGGCAAAAGGUUGAGAGAUAAUGAAGUACGACUGUAUUCUAUCCAAGAUAUGGACAUUGAUCCUCCAGAGAGGAGCAGAAAAAGAACCAAAAGCAACACUAGCCCCUUGAAGCCUGUCCAAACUGAGGAUGGUGGUUCUGUUCACAUGAGAGAAGACAGCGUUACAGUUAGCACGGAUGUAAAAGAUGACAAUCCAGAUGGUUACAAAAAGUUCACCAUAGCUAAACUGAAAGAAGAGCUAACUAAGCAUGGAUUUGGCACGCAGUUGUUAGAGCUCAAGAAUCCAAACAAGAAAGAUAUACUCGCACUUUAUAAGAAGCAUGUUUUGUGCGAGUAAAUAAUGGCCACGUGAAGUUCCAGUCUUCAACACAUAAUCUAUCCAAACUAGGGAAACAAUAGAGUAGUCUGUCAGUAUUUUUAACAAGCUGAUGCCUCAUUGUUCUCCAGGCAUUCGUUUCUGCUGAUUGGUUUGUAUUUUGGUGUUAACAUCGAAUUAGUUCCGGUUUGUGUCUAGGCUUUGUAUUUCUUAGCUUGCUGGUUGGCUGGGUGAAGUUCUUAGGACUUCUGAGUGCUAAAUGACCUCGACCAACGCUAGUCGUGGGCAAGUUUGUGGUACGUUUGUAUAUGGUAUAUUGCUGUGUAAAGAGUGCUUUAUCCAAUUCAAAU